AUGUCUAUGCAACAGUUCUGUUUGCGGUGGAACAAUCAUCAACCGAAUUUCAUCUCAGUUUUUUCCAAUUUGCUGAAUAAUGAGACUCUAGUGGAUGUUACUCUUGCUGCUGAAGGCAGGCAAAUUCAGGCUCAUAAAGUCGUACUGUCAGCAUGCAGCACGUAUUUUCAGUCGUUAUUCACAGUGAACCCUUGUCAGCACCCUAUUGUCAUACUCAAGGAUAUCAAGUUUUCCGACCUCAAAAUUAUGGUGGACUUUAUGUAUUAUGGAGAAGUGAACAUAUCUCAAGACCAAUUACCAUCCAUCAUAAAGACGGCGGAGAGCUUGAAGAUAAAAGGACUCGCAGAAAUGCAUACAGCGUCAUUAACUAAAUGGCCAAGUGGAAGCAGCGAAACAGGUGGAGGAGACCGUGGUGAAUCCUGCUCACCCAGUCCAUCUCCAUUGUCUCCUUCUUUUCGUAGAAAAAGGUUAAGGAAGUCUUCAACCGGUUCAACGUCUGGCUCCGGUGACAAACCGGAAGAAAUGAAUGAAAUUACAUUAGUGGCUACUAACAUUGUCAAACCUGAACCUCUCAUUGUGUCGCAAGAGAGUGGAGAGAAUUUGAGGCGACCAGUAAAUACCAGCACAGAAUCUCAAGGCAGUAUUGAUGAAGAUCAAAUAUCAAUUAUGAGUAAUAUGGAAACGAGUUCUGCUAAUACGCCAGCCCAAAGUGAUGGUUCUAUUCAAGAUGUAAGUCAACAAUCGGCAGGAAACAUUGGACAAAGUUCUGUUUCUUCGCAACCUCCUGUUCAUCAAGGAUUACAGUGGACUAUUAUGGAGCACACAUAUCAUCCGACACGUUUCGCUCUGUCCUCGUGUCAAACGAAUCUGUCGAUCCAAGCGUCGUCGGCAUUUACGACGCCCGAAAUAACAGCAUCUUCGACCAUCAGCGAUCAGUACUCUGGUACCAGCACGACUGGUUCCAGUUGCGCCCUGACGAACUAUCCGAACUCCUCCCACGGGACGUUGCAGCACGCGUCGUCGGGUGGCCCCUCGCCAUCGACGCAGUGCCCAAGCAACUGCCAGAGCCCCUGCGCCAGCCCGCAGACUGCGAUUAAGAGGAAGCGCUCGACUAAUCCACAGGCAGACGAGAAUUUUAUACGCGCACUUGACGCUGUGCGUUACGGUGGUAUAGGAUUUUGCAAAGCAGCCAGGAUGUUCGGCGUGAAUAACCGAACGCUCUGGCUUGAGUACAAGAAACGCGGCUAUCCGAACAAUCGGCCCAGCCUCAAGUCCCGCGUUAAGCAAGAGGUCAAUUCCUCGCCGCCGCCGGCACCUCCGGCGCAGCCUAUGAACUCGCAGAGUCCAACGCCUAUGGGCCCGCCCACAACUCCACAUAGCACACACAACACACAUACUACGCACACUAUGCUGACAAGCCACAGUCCUCACACAAUGCUGAGUGGUUAUAUUGAUAGGCAUACGGACUAUACUAAGGUUUAUUCAUUUAUUAUUGUAGUUCUUCAUUGCAAGCAUACGCAAGCGAAAAGGACUCGGUUGCUAAUCAGACAGCCACGAGUGAAGAAAGAGCCGAGUCACUUGUCACCGGACGGCGAGACGGGGUCCUUCUCACCACACAUUGUCUCGACCUCCGUUCAUCUAGCCACGCCGACGCUGAAUCUUCCUCAAACGUCAAGGAGUUUCGAGGAAUCCCGUAUAUCGCCACCGCCGCACACCAUGUUGGUCAGCCAACCGAAUCUGCUGACGGUGACGACGUCGUCCAACUUGUUAACGGUUCCCCAGCAGUCCUAUCUGACGAAACAGCACUCGCAUCCAUUGUUAUCCAGUCAGCAACCGGGUACGUCUGGGACAUACUUGAUACAUCGGCAGCAUUCACAUCCGGAGCUGCCUGGCAGAACCACGAGCCCCUCGAUAGUGAUUGAACCGGCACCCAUUCUUAAGAUUGAAGAAGACCUCGGUGUCGACGAAGCCACAACUUCGGCGACACCGACUAUCACUUCCGAGUUAGGGACCAGCGGCAGUAGCAGCACUUCCGGUGGAUUGAGGGUGAAAACGACAGAGUUGCGACGGACUUCCUCAUCGCCACAGACGAGUAGCAGAGAGCCUCCUUCGAGGGAUCAACGAUUAGGUCACUGUCCGGUGUUGCGCCAGGGCCCAGCCUUAGGCUGUAAUCAUUGCUGGAACACGAUAGACGCCCACGGCAGAAUACUCCGUAGGAAGACCAAGUAUCAUUGUCCCGAAUGCCAGAUCAAUUUAUGCAUCGUGCCGUGCUUUCAGGAGUACCAUGACCAGCGGCGCGAGCUAAUUUCCAAACUAAAACCUUUACCAAAAACUAGUUCCGUUUAAAUCUCCCCUUCCCCUCCCAACUUCAUUAUGUACUUUGUUUUAUAAGUAAUCGUUAAUUAUUGAAUUACGUGUUAAAGCACGCGCUUUGAAUGUGUAAAGAUUCAAUAAGACAAUGACAGAGCCCGUCGUUGGCGCGUGCAAUUAUUUUUCUCCUGUAUGUUGAUGAAUGUGAGUCAUCAGAUUGAUAUCGUUUAUCAAGAUUUCAUGACUUGAUAUAUUUUCGUAAUACAUUUACAGCAUCUAUAUAUAAAACAUAAUUGUUGAAGUAGGCGAUGUCAUUGCAAUCUCGCAGUUUGAUGAUACAAAUAUUUAUAUUAUUGUGUGCAUUGUGAAUUUUCCCAUAC